CCCCGCCUGCAGAGCCCCUGAUCUCCUCCGGAUCUCCUCCAGGAGUCUCUCAUUUCCAUCUGAACCCCCCCAGCAGCCGGAGCGCCUGUCCCAUGGUGUCCCCGGGGGAGGACUCCCGGGAAUCCACUCGUGUACGCCGCUGAUUCAGGGGGUCUGAAAGAAGUCAUGGAAACGUGCUUUUUGAAUCACCUCCUCCUCUGCUGUGUGUCUGUGCUGCUGCUGCUGCCGGGGCCCCUCUGGGCAGGGACCCCCGGCUACAACCGCACCGCUCCGGUAACGGACGGCUUGGAUCGCUCAGCGGGAACAGAUGGACUCAGCGGCGCAGAAAGCGGCGCAACUUCUACUUCAUCCUCCAGCGAAAGUUUAUCCCCAUCACAGAGGGACCUCCUGCUCUCCCGCACCGCAGAAACACGCACAGCAGCAGCCAGGAGCCACGAAACAGAGCAAACAGAAGUGUUCACCGAAACAAGCAGCAAGUUUCAAGAUGUCACAAAUCUGUCCACGGAGCCACCUACCUCCUCCUUUAUAAUCACCUCUGAUUUCAGCAGCAGUAAAAGUAGUUUUAGUAGUAGCAGCAGUAGCAGCAUCAGUAGUAGUGUUAGUGGUAGUACUAGAAGUAGUAGUAGUAGUAGCACUAGUAGUAGCAGUAGUAGUAGUGGCCUUACUAACACAAACCAGAUGGCAGUGAUCUCCCACUCUGUGUCCACGGACGACCAUUCCUUGGUGCCAGAGGAUGAAACGUUGCCCCAGGGCAGUCCGGAUACGACGCUCCGUUUGGGAGACGCAACGUCUUCGGAGUCGCAGACGGACACGCUAACUGGCAGCACCUACACAACCACUGUCAGCCGUGCUGGGGAGAGGACCCUGCUCUCUGUUACCUCCUCUAACAACAGCACCUCUCCUGCCUUCACUCAGAACUCGAGUUCCCUCCUGCCUCCGUCCAACUGGAGUAUCCCUCCCAGACCUGCGGACACAGAGGGUUAUACUCAGAGCGCCCCGGCAACAAGGACUAAUGGUGAGGAAACAACAGAGCAGCAUGUGACUGGAACCUCUUUAGAGACUGAGGGGCCAGCAGGAGCCAAUGGAACCCCAGGUUUAACCGGACAGCCUAAUGCCACCAAGCAUCAGCUUUCUUUAACAUCUCAGGAGAUCACAGGUUCAACGCCUCCCCUCAGGGUGACGCAGCCCAGCACGGAUCAGUCAGAAACACCUGUUUCUUCCACUCCUCCUCUCACUUCGUAUGCAGAGGUUCCUGUAAAUGCUUCUGGGACAGAUCCUGAUUCUGGAAGUAGUGAAAGAUCAUCCACAGAGAUGACAACUGGAGCCCACAGCCCCAACACCCAGAACCAGGAGGGCACAGAGGGGCUUUCAUCCCAAACCAGUGAGGGCAGCGUGAGCUUUGGUCUGACUGCCGUACCUUCUACAGUCAGCAGUUUAUCUGACCUGGAGUCACAGACACACAUGCCAGGGACGGUUACAGAGACCUUCCUCUCCACUGUCCCAGUCACUGCCACUGAAAGAUCAGAGACAACAGAGGAAGUCACCUUUAAAUCCACUGCUUUUACAACCACCGCCAUGACCUCCACUGUGCCGCCCCUGCCAGCUACAUCAGCAGCAAUGCUGAGCAGCUCCUCCAGUGCUUAUACCACAGAGUCCACCACAGAGGCCGCCCUCCCGUCCACCUCACCCUCCACCACAGCCUCCACCCCGGCCCUGCAGACCUCUACGGCGCUCCUUACAGUCCGCGUGACACCAAGCCAAACGCAGAGGCCUUCAACUAAAAUGACCAUCCCCACAAAAGCCACCACCGCUCAGACCGAGACGACCACAGGGCACCAAAAACUCACUACAACAAAAAGUCAGUACAUCAUAACCACCAACAGUCCAAGCACUACAGCCAGCAGCACAGAGGCUCCGCCCACCACCAAGAAACAGACCGAUGGAGCCACAGAGGCGGAGGCGACCACCACGUCCACCACCUUCCAAACUACCAAAGUGCCACAUGAAAAUCCCUGUGUGUCGAACCCUUGCCUGAAUGGAGGGAUUUGUGUGAGCUAUAAAGGACCUGAGUUCACCUGUCAGUGUCAGAAGGCCUGGACGGGACCGACCUGCAACCAGGAUAUGGAUGAGUGUGAGCAGGACCCCUGCCCAGCUGUCUCCACAUGCAUCAACACCAAAGGCUCUUUUAACUGUGAAUGUCCGCUCGGCUACGAUCUGGAGGACGGACGGACGUGCAGCAGAGCAAAGACAUUUCUGGGAACCUUCAGUUUCAACAGAAAAGAUAGAAUAAAAAGCUCUGCUAUGUACGAGAUUCAGAGAGAGCUCAUACAGCUGCUUAACAUCUCGUUAUCAGUGCUCCAAGGUUACAGCCGCUCAACACUGAGGAGGAAGGAGCAGGGCGGGGUUCAAAUCUUGGCUGUCAACAUGUUUGCUGUCUCCACCAAUGUGACGACUACUGAAGUGUACAACAGCAUCCAGAUGUCUCUGAGCAACUGCAGCUCCUCGUUGACUCACUGCAGAAUGGUGCUGCAGCAUCAGCUGUCCUACCGCGUGGAGAGUUUAUGUGAAGCUCAGAAAACUCAAUGUGAUGCAGAACGCUCCACCUGCACUGACAGCAGCGGCACGGCUCAGUGCCAGUGUCUGCAGGGAUAUUACAAACACAAUCCAGAAGACGUGUCCUGCCUAGAAUGCAGGGAUGGAUACAAGCUGGAAAACGGCACAUGUGUCCCGUGCAUGUUUGGAUUCGGAGGAUUCAAUUGCUCCAAUUUUUACAAGCUGAUUGCAGUUGUGGUGUCACCUGCAGGAGGCGCUCUCCUCCUCAUCCUCAUUAUCGCUCUCAUUGUGACUUGCUGCAAGAAAGACAAAAAUGACAUUAAUAAGAUCAUCUUCAAGAGUGGAGACAUGCAGAUGUCGCCGUAUGCAGAUUUUCCCAAAAACAACCGGAUAUCCAUGGAGUGGGGCAGGGAGACCAUAGAGAUGCAGGAAAAUGGCAGCACCAAAAACCUGCUGCAGAUGACAGACAUUUACUAUUCUCCUGCUUUGCGUAACGCUGACCUGGAGCGAAAUGGCCUCUAUCCGUUCACGGGUAUGCCGGGAUCACGCCACUCAUGCAUUUACCCCGCCCAGUGGAACCCGUCGUUUAUAAGUGAUGACUCCCGGAGAAGAGACUACUUUUGAGAGCAUUUCUCUGGACCCACCGACUUCCUCUGUUUCUUACUGUCGUACUGCAUUCUGAUAGUUUUAUUUUCCCCGUCUGAUGGUUAUAAGGGAGCUAAUUAGGUCAUCUUGAAUCAGGGCUGAACACACAAACCUGUAAAAGUCUGUUUGUUGCUGCAUUUAAAUGUAACUGCAAGUUAAAUCUGUUUCCUGUUACCAUUUCAGUAUUUUUACAUGUUUUGAAUCACCCUCCCCUCCCUCCCCCAAAAGGCCUCACAUUGGAGAAUGUAUUCUUUAUUUGAAUUACAGUGUAACUUUUCCAUUACAUUUAUUGUCCUAAUGUACGGAAUUAGGAGGAUUAGGGCCACUGAGAAAAAAAAAAGGUAACUGAUUUUUAAAUUUUAUU